GCGUGCGCCGAACUGGGAGCAGGCGCGCCCGCACGCUGCCUGAAGGGGUGUGUAUGUAUGACACUUCCGUGCAUCAGCGAUCAGACAUCAAAUAUUAACCUGCGGCACAGCGUGGAAGCAGCGCCCACGCGGACUGUUACGCGCGGCAGUUACCUUGCCACGCCGUGCCGUGCCUCAUCUCUGGAAUCUAACAGGACAUUCAACCGCACCCCUCCAGUAUUGACACCGAUUACAAGCCUUGUAAUAGUGCCCAUUCUCGUGCUACUCCGUCAACACCCUUUUUAAUAUCCUCCGACGCGGAGUUCUCAAAGAGAUGGGACAAGUCUUCUGCGACCACGGGCAAUGACACUGACCUACACAGAGAGAUAGGGAUGGAUGCAAAAGUGUGGGAAAUGUUCGCUUUGAUUGCCGUGUGUUGCAGCGCCUGUCUCCCGGCUUUCGCAGAGGUGAUUGGUGAUGACAGCUACCUGAAUGCCGUGCAGAAUACAGUUCCGCUCUCCUGUUCCGAGGGCUUCACCGAACUGGGUUACUACAACGGAACCGUCUCCCAGACGGACUCAGGCUCGCCCUGCCUGAAAUGGACGGAGUUCCCCGACUACGUCCAGCAGUACCCGGGCCGUGGCCUGGGCGACCACAGCUACUGCCGGAACCCGGACCGCGAGUCCAACCCAUGGUGCUUCUUCAGACAGAGCUCGGGGGCCAUCGGCUGGGCCUACUGUGACUGCCACCAGGGUGCGGCCCGGCUGGUGGGGGGCUCAUCCCCUAAGACUGGCCGUCUGGAGGUCUACCUGAAUGGCCAGUGGGGCUCUGUGUGUCACACACACCUGACAGACCGUGACGCCAGUGUCAUCUGCAGACAGCUGAAGCUCGGUGAGAUCGGAACAGCCCUGCACAAUUCCCACUUCAGCGCGGGGUCCGGCCUCUUCCACUACGAGCGCCUGGGCUGCCGUGGCAACGAGAGGUCCCUCCUCGAGUGCCGGAGCAGGAAGUUCGUUACCAGCGACUGUAACCAUGGCAACGAGGCUGCUGUGCUCUGUGCACCACCAGAAGGAAGUGCUCCUCCGCUUCGACUGGUUGGUGGGGAGGAGGAGUUUGAGGGGAGGGUGGAGGUGUUCCACGACGGAAGGUGGGGCUCGAUCUGUGACGACCAAUGGGACGAGAGGGACGCAGCAGUGGUGUGCAGACAACUGGACCUGGGGGGUGUCCCUAAGGCCUGGUCGUGGGCCCAUUUUGGUCAGGGCAGCGGGCCCAUCCUGUUGGAUGCGGUGCAGUGCACUGGGAACGAGCUCUCCCUGGACGAGUGCCCUCACAGCGGCUGGGAGCAGCACAACUGUGACCACAUGGAGGAUGCUGGCGUGUCCUGCAACCCCUACACUGAUGGCGUGGUGAGGCUGGUUGAUGGAGACAGCCCCUGGGAGGGCCGCCUGGAGGUGUACCACUCAGGAGACUGGGGCACCGUCUGCGACGACAACUGGACCGAGAAGCACGCCCAGGUGGUCUGCAGACAGCUGGGCUUCAGGGGGCGAGCUGAGGUGGUAGUGGACGGAGCGUUUGGUGAGGGCGCGGGUCUGAUCCUGCUGGACGACGUGCAGUGCGAGGGCACCGAGGCGUCCCUGCUGGACUGCCGGCACGGCGUGUGGGGCCGUCACGACUGUUCGCACAGCGAGGAUGUGGGCGUGCGCUGUCAGAAGCUGGCCGAGGACAACGAGGUGUCCCUGGAGGAACCAGAACAGGGUCCUCCUGUGCGUCUGAUGGCUGGUGAGGACCGUAAGGAGGGCAGGGUGGAGGUGCUUAUCAACGGAGAGUGGGGAGGCAUCUGUGACCAUGACUGGAACGACGUCAACGCCGCCGUAGUCUGCAGACAACUCGGAUUUACUGGUGUGUCCAAGGCUCGUCCAAUGGGUUUCUUUGGGCCUGGUAAGGGUCCGCUCCACCUGGGCAGGGUUCGCUGCACGGGCAAAGAGGCGUCCCUGGGCGAGUGCCCGGCCAAGGCUCGGAGCAGCAGGUCGUGCCAGCACGGCGAGGACGCCGGCGUGGUGUGUGAAUACGUGGCCGAGCCGCCCGCCGACGUGGCUGUGGUGGGGACACACACCUGCGGACUCCGCUCCAACGCCGAGAGGAGGAGCAAGAGGAUCAUCGGCGGCUACAAGUCACUCAGGGGAGACUGGCCUUGGCAGGCAUCUAUCUGGCUGCGCUCCCAGUCUCGGGGGAGCCAUCCUCUGUGUGGAGCCACCCUCAUCAACUCCUGCUGGGUACUCACUGCCGCGCACUGCUUCAGGAAAUUUGGCACUGACCCUUCGCGUUACCUGGUUCGCCUGGGCGACCACCACACCACCGAGCAGGACGACUUUGAGCGCACACUCUCGCCCGAGCACGUCAUCGUGCACAGGAAGUACUCGCCACAGAGCUGGGAGCACGACAUCGCCCUGAUCAGACUGCGCGGGUCGGAGGGCAAAUGUGUGGCCUUUAACCCCCAUACCAAUGCAGUCUGCCUGCCCGCUCAGGGUAGCAAGUGGGGCAAGAGACCUGCCUCCUGUGUCAUCACUGGCUGGGGUGUCUCAGACUCUGAGGAGCCCGGCUCCCUGCAGCAGGCCUGGGUCCCGCUGCUCCCCGGCUGGCAGUGCAAGAAGCGCUACGGCGAUCGCUACACCAGCCACAGCAUGCUCUGUGCCGGCACCCUCUCCGACCGCCACCGCGCCGACAGUUGCCAGGGCGACAGCGGCGGCCCGCUGGUGUGCCAGACCGACGGCGACCGCUGGGUCCUCACCGGGGUCAUCUCCUGGGGUCAUGGCUGCGGCGACCCCUCCUCGCCCGGCGUCUACGCACGGGUCAGCCGCUUCCUGCCGUGGAUCGAGGAGGUCACCCACAGCACGGCGCCGCUUCAGGUCUGAGGUCCUGACCCACGCCAUUGGCUCCCCUGGCCGGCCAUCGCGUGACUAUCCGGUGACGGGUGUUGAUUAAGAGACAGUGAGCCUGCUUUUACGACGAAAAACAACGAAAAUGCUUUACGACAAAACACCAUAACACUCUGGGACCGUCUGGUUGAACUUCACUCUACUCUACUCUACUCCUCUCUUGCUCAGAAGUUAUCAAAAGCUGGCUCUUGCAUCAUAAGCCAGCACCUUGAUUAUGUAAAAAAAAAAAAUUAAGGGCAACAAAAAUCUUUCAGGCAGUCUUUCAAGAUGUUUUUUUUUCUCCAGUCCAGCCCAGUCUUGAGCUAUUGCGUGUCUUUUGGUCUAUUGUACAUUAUAAUGUCUUAGUUACUGUCAGGAGCUCCACAGUGCAUGUUAACUAUGUAUGGUAUCUUAAUAAGCCAUCUGUGUACUGCUGUCUGAGCCUUUAGCAUGGUAGCCAAUGGCAGUGUGGAUUCCUCAAGAAACUAGCAGGUGAAUGAAUUGGGCCGAUGCAUUUUGUUACAUACACUGUACGUGUUCUCAUUCAUGCUGAAAAUGCAGUAAUGUUAUUUUAACCAUACACGUGGGCUCAUAUUUUCUGGACAACACUCAGCGAUUCCAGAGUCUUUGCCUCCAGAACAACGGAAGGCCUACUACACAAUGUUCGUCACACAAGAUCUGUUCAUUCUAGUGUUCUCUUUGGAUAGCCAUUGCAGGUUGGUCAUAGCCAGUGCAGGUUGAUCCUCGGAGUUCAAGACGUGUUUUGUUGCGAUAUUAACAACUCAAUGUUCGAUCCCCAGUUAUGUUCUGGGAGUAUCAAAAGAGUACCUUUGGUCAUGUUCGGGCCUACUGGGCUUGUUUAGGAAGUUACUACAGUAGCAUCAUUUCAGCUGCGCACGCAGGGUUGACGAGAGGAAAGGUUGUCAACGGAUUUAGGUGCGUGUCGACGCUAUUCUUAUAGACUUGCACUGUUCUUUUUUUUUUUUUUUGUAGUGUUGUGGUCUAGACAGCGUGAUCCAAGUAAAGUCUGUGAACAGAUUUCUGGUGCAUAGCUAUUUAUUUCCGUUACAGACUAGGACGCUUGUAAUAAUAUCGUGUUUUUGUUGGCACGAAUCAUCACACUAGGUGUGUUGCUAUUUUUGUUAUAGCUUUCUCUAGUGCCAUGAUAGAUGAUGCAAAUGUUUGCUCUGUCAUCUAAGUUGUCGAUAUUGGCUAUUUGUCAUUUUGGGACGGCCCAUCUCAUAGACUGUGAAGUUGAAAUGGAGUCAAGAACGAUGGAAGGAUGACUGUGUUUGUUUUUUUAAGAUGUGUAAUAAUUUUGAAGUGUUCCGUUUGCUUUGUAGGUAGGCUACUGCGUGUACGUGAAUGUCCCAUUAGGUGGCGACAUUGUGUUAUUGACCGGGGCAUAGCUAAAAACCUUUGGUGUGAAAAAAUGUUGAAUUGAUUACCUUUGUCUUACAGGAGAAGUGACAUGUACAGAAUUAUGCCAUCCAAGACACUGGCCUUUGAGGGAAGGUUGAGUAUUUGUAAAGUUGGCAGUCUAUUGUCAUGGAUCACUGGCUAGCCUAGUUCGAACUGUUUUUGCCAUCCAUUGAAUACGUUUAUUUGUCCCAUUGCAAAUUAUCCAUGAAAGACUUGUUUAGGCUAUUCCAGUGAAAUGUCUAUGUAAAUAUUUCCAUUGUAAGUGCAUCUGGUGCAGUGAUGUAUUCAUUGUGUGACCGCAAGACUUAGCCUAUUUUGUAUUUUUAGGCCUAUUUGUAUUCGUUUCAAAUGUCUUUUACGAGGUCUCUCAGCGCAUAAGUCAUAGGCCCAUGGCAAUGCGAAAGUUAUAGGCCUAUGAUUCCAAGCGAUCUGAGUUGCCAGUUUCCUCAAAUGCAUUCCAUUCCACGCUGCCCCACCCCUCUUCCUUAAUGGUGCCUGCAUCGUGUGAACCGUCUUGUUAUCACUGGACUGGAUCUAAAGAGCCCUUCUGGGCCAAGCCGUCACCCGAGUUCUUCAUUUCGUUAAAAGGUUGAACUGAGGAAUGGAAUGAAUGAACCGAGGAGGACGCUUAUGGAUGGAUGACGGAGGAAAUAAUUGCAUGUCAUGCAUUAAUUUGUCUGGUCGUUUGUGGUGUUUGAUGUUUCAUGCCAUAAUUCUGACAGGAUCUGAUAAUGAAACGGUAAAAUAAAAUGCUAUCAGUAUUUCCAUGUGAGAUAAGUGCCAAAAUAAAUUAAUUCUCGUGA